UUACUAAUUGAUUUUCAAAGAAAUUACUAUAUAAAACAAAUACGUUCGUUGUUAAUUUUAUAUAGACAUUUAAAGGUAAACAGUAAACCUGACUUUCCCCACGUAGAUAAUCACAGUUUUGCGUUGCAAGAAAAAAGCUUUAACUAUUGAAUUCGAUUUUUAUCACGUGUGAAAAUGUUCAAAUCACUUUCAAACCGUAUUAUGUUUAUGCAUUUAACAUUUUUGACUUUUUCUAUCUCAAUUUAUUCCGUACAAGGAUUACAGUGCUACGCAUGCUCAUCGGAUAAAUUGGAGGAUUGCUCGACGCUUCACUCAGAUGAGGAACUUCCGCUUGAAUUAUGUUCGUCCGAAGACAGAUUUUGCUUUACCAGCAUUGAAAAUGGUAUAACUACACGCGGCUGUUUAUCGUCAUCUAAGAAGAGGAUUUGCAGUGAAAAUUCGUGCUCACGUUGCAAAUCAAAUAAAUGCAAUGGUGAAAUUUUUCCCGAGGAUCGUUUGAUUUGUUUGCAUUGCUCCGGUAGCAAUUGUGUGAGCCAGGGAAAUUCAAUUGAUGUGAGAUUCCCUUGUGUUAAUUAUGUUCCGAACGAUGAAUGCUACAGCAUAUUUUCGCAUGAUGGAAAAACGGCGUAUCGUGGCUGCAUGUCAGACACAGAUCAAAACAAAGGCGAGUGUUUAGGUCAUGUACAACAAUGUCAUCGAUGCAGUAAUCGUGCAUGCAAUGCAAAUUCUUUGGAACUUGAAGAGAAACUUUCUUGCAUCAAAUGCACACCGGAUGGAAAUUCUAACUGUAAUAUUCUUGAGGAUUUUACUGAAGCCGUUGAGUGCGCUCGAACAGCACUUGGCUAUAAAAACCGAUGCUAUACACAUUCAAAGGAUGGUAUUUCUCAUCGAGGAUGUUUGUAUGAGGCUAACACCGAUAUUUUCAAAGAAUGCAGUGAUGAGAAUAGCGAAAGAUGUUUUACUUGCGCUGAAGAGGGUUGCAAUGAUACCUCCAUACCCGAUGGAACUCAAUCACAAUAGGAUAUUAAAUACAAUAAAGUUAAAUUACGUAGAUUUAUCUCGAUACAAUAGACAUGGUCAACAUUGAAAGUAAAUUCAAUCGGCGAAACACACUUCCAACGAAGAAAAAUGACGCGAGGAAAGAAUUAUUAGAUUGUAGCACCAUUUUUAUCAUACAUAAUUCAAAAUUCAUAAAUAAAACAGUUUGAUUUCUAUUUUUCGAGCAAUGAA